GAGUAGUAAUCUUUCACAGAAUGAUAGUCAGGAGUAGUAAUCUUUCACAGAAUGAUAGUCAGGAGUAGUCGUCUUUAAAAACAAUAAAUGGACAGCUCUUAGAUCCGCACACUGCUGUGGCCCGUGCGCAUGUAAUGGCUCUUUAACGGGGCUCGGUCCUAGCGGUUCUUAGAGUUUGGGUCACGUGCCAAGAUCGGCUAUGCCAGCCGGUAGAGGCUCGACUGUGUUACCACUAGCGUACCGCUUAAUGAGAGAGUGAAAGAGAGAGAGAGAGAGAGGUGUUGUUGAUAUUGUAAACCGGUGACAGGUAUCGUCCCUUACGUCGUGUCCUUCUUAUCUUACCUCCGGUACUCCCCUUGAUGGUGUGUAUAAAAAGAAAAUAGAAGAUGACGCGAGGCUGAGUGUGUUUAACGGGAAGAUGCUCCUCGUCAGUGUGCCUGUGCUCCUUCUGCUUUCGGUAGUCGGUAAAGAUGCGGCUGACCUCCCCGCGACAGACGCGUCGUUUCUUCCGGACCUGGGGCUGCGUAGCGGGGGACAACCCGGUCCGUCGCUACCCGCUUCUCAGACCACCUCUCUAGACCGCUUCCAGGUUCAGCCCCGGGAGGAGUAUGCCUCGCCGGGUAUUGCCUUGGCCCGGUCCGCGGAGGAACCGUCCGCGACCACGGAGGACGGCGGCGAGUCGCACCGCCACGGCGGGGGGUUUCAGAUGGUGCAAUGGGAAUGGAGCUAUGUCCAGACGCCUUACAUUAUCGCUAUAUGGAUCCUGGUGGCCAGCGUCGCGAAAAUCCUGUUCCACUUCUCUCAGCGGUUCACCACAGUGGUCCCAGAGAGCUGUAUGUUGAUCUUACUGGGCCUGGUACUGGGUGGCAUCGUACUGCUGACCAGUAAGAAACAGCUGUACCAGCUAGAGCCUGGCCUCUUCUUCCUCUUCCUCCUGCCAACCAUCGUAGGUGACGCCGGGUAUUUCAUGCCCGCAAGGCUCUUCUUUGACAAUCUGGGAGCCAUCUUACUGUAUGCUGUGGUGGGGACUCUCUGGAAUGCCUUCUGCACAGGCUUCUGCCUCUACGGGGUCAAACUGCUGGGGGUCAUAGACCAGAAGGUUCAGGCAGGUCUGAUGGAGUUCCUGUUGUUUGGAGCAUUGAUCUCUGCGGUGGACCCAGUGGCGGUGCUGGCCGUGUUCGAGGAGGUCCACGUCAACGAGACUCUCUUCAUCAUCGUCUUCGGAGAGUCCCUGCUCAACGACGCCGUCACCGUGGUGUUGUAUAAGGUGUACAUGUCCUUCGUGGAGGUGGGCCCUGAGAAUGUUCAGACAGCUGACUAUUUCAAAGGAGUGGCCUCAUUCCUCAUCGUCAGUAUUGGGGGGACCAUGGUGGGUCUGAUCUUUGCUGCUCUCCUAGCCUUCAUCACACGUUUCACCAAGAAGGUCCGCAUCAUUGAGCCUCUAUUGGUCUUCCUCAUGGUCUACCUGGCCUACCUCACCGCUGAGCUCUUCUCUCUGUCCGCCAUCUUGUCAAUGACGUUCUGUGGUAUCGGCUGUAACAAGUACGUGGAGGCCAACAUAUCCCAGAAAUCUCGUACCACGGUGAAGUACACGAUGAAAACCCUGGCCAGCAUCGCCGAAACCAUCAUCUUCAUCUUCCUGGGCAUCUCAGCCGUGGACAAGUCUAAGUGGGCCUGGGACACAGGACUCAUCUCCUGUACGCUCAUCUUCAUCUUCGUCUUUAGGGCCCUGGGUGUGGUCAUGCAGACCUGGGUGUUGAACUGGUUCCGCCUCGUCCCAUUGGACAAGAUCGACCAGGUGGUGAUGUCGUACGGUGGCCUGCGAGGGGCGGUGGCGUUUGCCUUGGUGGUGCUGCUGGAUGCAGAACGGGUCCCGGCUAAAGACUACUUCGUGGCCACAACCAUCAUAGUGGUUUUCUUCACUGUGAUGUUCCAGGGUCUGACCAUCAAGCCUCUAGUGAACUGGCUCAAAGUACCUCGUGCCACCAACCGCAAGCCCACCAUCAACGAGGAGAUACACGAGCGUGCCUUUGACCAUUGUCUGACUGCAGUGGAAGACAUCGCUGGACUCAACGGUUACCACCACUGGAGAGACAAGUGGGAGCAGUUUGACAAGAACUACCUGAGCAAGCUGCUGCUGCGGAAGUCUGUGUACCGGAAGAGCGAGCUGUGGGAGGUCUAUCAGAAAAUCAAUAUUAGAGAUGCCAUCAGUGUUAUAGACCAGGGUGGCAACGUGCUAACCUCUGCCAGGCUCUCUCUGCCCUCCAUGGCCUCCAGGGCAUCUUUCCCAGAGGUCACCAACGUCACCAACUACCUGAGAGAGAACGGUAGUGGGGUCUGUCUGGACCUCCAGGUGAUUGACAACGUGCCGGGAGCCAAGGUGGAGGAGGAGUCAGAAACGCAUCACUUCCUGGCUGGGAACCUGUACAAGCCCAGGAGACGGUACCAGUCCCACUACAGCAGACACUUCAUGACAGUGGGGGACCACGAGCGUCAGGACAGAGAGAUCUUCCAGAGAAAUAUGAAGAGUCGCAUGGAGACGUUCAAGACCACCCGACACAAACGCCACAGCCACAAGAAGGACCGCAGCCAGAAAAAGCGGAGAGGAUCAGAUGUUAAAGAACAGGACCUCAACGACAAACCUCGACGGAACGUCAGCUGGCAGGACAAAGAUCCUGUGGUGGUGCCAGUGGUGGAGGAUGAGAAGGGCGAACACUUGGAGCCAGAGAAGGAGGAGGACGUUGGCAUCACCUUUGUGGCUCGAAAGGUUCCAGACACGCCCAAAGAACGACCCAAAUCUGUCCCGGCUGGUCUGGAGGUGUGUCAGCCCUCCAUGGCCCCGCCCUCCCCCACCUGCAGUGAGAGGAACCUGCCCUGGAAGGGCGGCAUCGGAACCCUGCCGGUGUGUGUUUCCAUGGAAGCUACUAAAAUCAUCCCCAUAGACCUGCAGCAGGCGUGGAACCAGAGCAUCUCCUCCUUAGAGAGCCUGGCCUCUCCGCCGGGCCCCGUAGAGCCCUUACACCCCGCUCAGCGCCUCUCCAGGCUGGGAGGGCAGCGUCCUGUCUCAUACUCUGGUAGUGGAGUUAGUGGCUCUGGUUUUGGAUCCAGAGGGGCUGGGUCAAUAGUGGCUCAGGGCAUCGCUCGGUUUGAGUUUCCUCCAGGAGGAGAGGAGAAGGAGGAGGAAGAGGGAGCCUUGUCUGAUCAGGAGCAGGAGCUGCAGCCCCUCAUGUCAUCCUCUGUGAGGCCCCCUGGCCCCCCGCCCCCUCCCCCCCUGGCCCAGGGUCUAGGGCGGAGGAGGAACCCCUGUGUGUACCUGAGGAGCCUGGUCACAGCGCCCCCUCCUGGCAGUGAGCCGCUGGCGCGCAGCAGAGGGCCCACUCAGCUGUAAUGGCUCCAACCACAUCUCUGGACUUGCCCAGCGACCCAGAUCUAGGACCAGCUUACUCAACCAAGUCCCUAACCAAUACCUACUAGGGAGAACAACACAAGACUGAUUUCAAAUCAGCUUUUAUGGGCAAUCACGUCCCUCACUGCCUCACACACUCAACAACAGAACAGACACCCAACCACACACACACACACACACCAGCUCAGGCCGUCC